GGGUGGAAUUAAUUAUCAGGUAGAACAGAAAACCAGUAGGCUACGGACCUCAUAGUGUAAGGGUUGAAUGCCCCUAGUAAACCCCAAGUAAACAAAAUACAUCAUUAAAUACCUAAAUACUACAUCCGCUGAAGAUUUCCACAGCAGUUCACUUAAUUCUGGCUCUUCAACCUCAUUACUUCUUAAAAUCUAAUAACAAUCCCUUUCCCUCCCAUACUGAAAUAGAACAUGACCACUGUCUCCCCCGACAAUGAUCACACCUAAUACCUUUUGCAGUUACAUUCCCAUGUAGGCUACGGAAUAAAAAAUAAAAGUAAAAUGGGUAUCCAUCGCAUUUUCAACUCUACUGAUGUUUUUCCCACAAAAAAAUGUUGCGUUAUAGCGAGUGUACCCACUCUGGUAUUGGUACGGUGCUCGAGCAUGCUUAAAGCGAGUGUACCCACUCUGGUAUUGGUACGGUGCUCGAGCAUGCUUAAAGCGAGUGUACCCACUCUGGUAUUGGUACGGUGCUCGAGCAUGCUUAAAGCGAGUGUACCCACUCUGGUAUUGGUACGGUGCUCGAGCAUGCUUAAAGCGAGUGUACCCACUCUGGUAUUGGUACGGUGCUCGAGUAUGCAGGGCUCAGAUAGCGGGCUUUUAGCUAGAGCGCACGUAUAGCCUACAGACCUUGACGGUCUCUGGUCCACACUCCAGUCCAGUUGGUGGCGGCAACUGACAUACAAAGUCCACAGAAGAAGGUGCGACGUUUUGAAGAAGUGGUUGAUCAAUAGGCCCAUGUUGUGAUUAGUAGGACUAGCACAGUGUAUUUGUUUCUCCUGGAGGUGAACAUGUAGUAAUGUUUUUCCUAAUUUGAAGUGAGACCUUCGCCGGUGUUAUCCAGACACGGGAGGACAGCUUCACAAGAACAACCUGAGCGAUCAUUUUCCUAGAUCCUACUUUCUUGCCCUGUCAGAUGUAAGUUCCCACCUGGAUGUCAGCACAACAUGAAUGUGGCAGCAGUUUUUGUUUGGUUCAGCCUGGUGGUCACUAAAGCCAUUUGUACUCUGGAAGAGUACCGUCUGGUGUGCUAUGUGAACAGCAGGACCCAGCACCAUCCUGACAUGCUUGCCUUCAGCCUGGACAUGGCUGACCCAUUCCUCUGCACUCAUAUCAUCAUGGCCUACAUGGACCUGGACCAGGACUAUCACAUCACACCCUUCACACAGGAGGACAAGACCCUCUGCAACUCCCUCAACAUGCUCAAAGAGGGGAACCCAGAUCUGAAAACUCUGCUUGCUGUUGGGGGAAGGAACUCUACGGAUACCAGGCUCCUAAAAAUGUCCUCUGACAACACCAGGAGGAAGACGUUUGUCCAGUCUGUUCUAAAACACCUGAGGCAGGAGGGCUUUGAUGGACUGGAUGUGGUGUGGCAACCUCGCUCUGCUUCUAAUGUAGCACAGGGGGGGAAACAUAUAUUCACUAAUCUGCUCAAGGAGUUGCGUGGAGGAAUUCAGGAGGAGGCUCGUGUCUCAGGGAUUGAGGCCCUGCUCCUCUCCACAGCAGUGUCCGGCCUGGAGGACUAUGCCAGAGAGGCCUACGAUGCACAUAGCUUCCCCCAGUAUGUUGACUUCAUCACCUUGGUGACCUCUGACCUCCAUGGGCCACUGGAGGGAAUGUCAGGUCACAUCAGUCCAUUGUUCAGCCGGAAGCAUCCAGCUAUGGACACACCUCAGAGAGAAGUUCUCACUACAAACCAAGUGCAGUACUGGCUCUCUCAGGGAGUGGAUUCCCAGAAGCUGACUCUGGGGUUCCCUGCCUACUCACCUGUACCCCUAAUCCUGGGGAACGAGAUAAAUUAUGACAAGGAAGACACAGAGCUACAAGAGGACGCAGCGGAAUAUACUGAGACUGAUACUACUGUACGUGUUAUGGCCUACCAUGAGGUGUGUCAGUACCUCAAAAGUGGGGCGGUGGUGACAUUUGAUAAGAGCAAGAAGCUGAUACAGGCACAUGAAUACGAUCACUGGCUGAACUUUGAAUAUAUAGAUAUCCUGAGGGAGAAGAUGAGAGCGCUGCAGCGUCAGGAGCUGGGUGGAGCCAUGGUGUGGUCUCUGGAUCUGGACGACUUCACGGGGAUGCUGUGUGGCAAAGGUCGCUUCCCGUUCACCAGACUGCUCAAAGCGUCGCUUCUCAGGGAUAAGGGGCCACGACAUCAUAAACGCCACCACCGCUCACGCCACCGUCAUCACCAUCGCCAUCCACAUCGUCAUGGUGGUUUCCUUUCCCGUGACAGCCAUCGCACUGGUUACCAUGUCCAUUGUCACCGUCACCUUGACCGCCACAACAUUUAAUCACACAGUGGAGUGUGACUGUAGCAUAACUCACUACACUGGCAAGACUCAACAUACCAUCCCUGGGGCGGCAGGUAGUGUAGUGGUCAGAGCAUUGGACUAGUAACCGAAAGGUUGCAAGAUCGAAUCCCCGAGCUGACGAGGUAAAAAUCUGUCGUUCUGCCCCUGAACAAGGCAGUAACCCACUGUUCCUAGGAAAAUAAGAAUUUGUUCUUAACUGACUUGCCUAGUUAAAGGUAAAAUAAAAAAAAUCCCUGCAAGAAUAUAUUAGCAUAUGUUUUUUUAUAUGGUAGAUCAGGUUGGACUGUUUGUUGGCUCUGUGAGUGAUUUCUGUCAUGGUAUAUUAGAGAUGAGGCUCUAGAUUUUAAAACUCUGUCGUUAAUUGUAUUGUUUUAUGACAAAUUUUACUGCUUUACAAAUAAUAAAAUGAAUGGCUCCAUUUCCAUGGCCUAAUAUAAA